AUGGCCCCCGUUCCCCCGGUCUCGGGUGGACGGCGCGGCGGUCAGCAAAGCUGGUCUAGCGCAGCGUGGCGGCCUCGAGCCCGUAUCCCGGCAUUCCGGUCCUCGGGCGGCUGCUCGUUCUUGAUCAAGCCUUCCAAGCUUCCCAUCUGGAUCCUUGCCCAUUGCAUCUCGAGUCGUGCUCUGCUCGGCUCGGCUACCCGCCGCGACGCCCUCACCAUCGGCGGGGCGCCUUGCACGCCUGCCGGGCGGAGCCAUUCAGAAGUCGACUCCGUCGUGGAACCACCAGCACGGCCACUGUAUGUAGCCACCUUGCCACAGCGUGAUGCUUCGUCGCCUGCGUUUCAAGACGCCGGCAUCAUGGCCUUCCAAUUCUUCAACCUGCUCGCGCAAUAA